GUGUAAACUACACAUGAUGUGAUGUCCCUUGAGUGAUCUAUGUUUUCAAUUCUCUCCACAGCUUGACGAUACUAUUAUAUAGUGAGCAAUCCAAGACAUCUGUAAUAGAAGUGGCAAACAAAACGAAAACGAGGACAACAUGAUUGAUAGUCGAGAGUCUACUCCAACUAAAACACCCCAAGCCAGUGGAUUGGAACCUGCUGCACAGAGGACACGAGAGAGUGAUGCCAUGGCAAUGAAAAAACAAAUAACUCAAAAGGAAGUGAAACUGAGUCGGAGUGAACAAUUCAAAUUGAAGUGUGUUCUAGAACAAGUACAGAGUGAAUACUUUGAAGCACAACAAAAGAUUGACGAUCUCCAACUCGAGCUUGAGGGAAACAGAGAUGCUAGGAAACUUUGUAGUGAGCUGGAGGAACUGACUAGAAAAGCUGAAGAAGAUGCUGCAAGAGAUCGCCAAGAAAUGGAGUGCUUUCGAAGAGAGGCUGUAGACCUUCGUAGGGUGGCCACAGACCUUCAAGCCCAAGUGGAAAACCUCACUCAGAGAUUGAACGAAGUUACUGCAUCGAAUGAGGACCUUCAAGAAAUUGUCAGAAAUGCUAUUGAGCAAGCUUCACCCUCCGCCCACGAUAUUCAAGCUGAUGAUGAAGGUGAUAGUACCAAAAUGCUGCAACAUAUUAGACGCAAAUACCUUGAGAAGGUUACAGAAAUCCAUGACUUGAGAGAAAAACAUCGAAGAGAAAAGGACGAACUGAAUAAACAAUUUGACAGUGCAAAACUGAAGUCAUCUAUCAGAGCAAAAGAUAUUCAGUCAUUAUCACUUCAGUUGCAGACCUUCCAACAAGUAGCGUCUCAGCGAGAGCAGUUACAAGAGCACAGUAAAACACAGAUCACUAUUGUUGUUAAGCUCAGGAAAGAGCUUGAGGCAGCUAGAGAGGAACUUGAAGUACUCCGAAGUUCAUCUGACACUGCAAGAAAAAUUGAAGGCCUACACCAGAAAAUAGUAGAGUGUGAUGAAGAGCUUAGGGAUCUCAAGGAGAAACUUUCUAAGCCAAAUGUGCUCUUCUCAAGAAGUGCAGAUUCUCGUCCUACAGGAGUCAAUGAUGAUCCACAAGAAGUGCAGCUACUCAAAACUGAAACAUUCCUCCAGAAGAUUGAGAUCGAAGAGCUUCAUGGAAAGGUUGGGAGAUUAAAGACUCGAUUAACGGACACAAUUGUGUUCAAAACUGAAAAAACCGAGGAUCUACAGAAGAAAAGAAAGGAACUUGAGGAAGAACUGAAGGUCACUAAAUUACAAGCUCUUCAGUACCAACAAGACUUCGAAGAUGAACGGGCUGCAAAUGAAGGUUUAAAUGAACAACUCGAAAGUGUUACUCAAGAUGAUAGAGAUAGUAAGCUCGAAGUACUAGCAAAUGAAAUGGAUGAUCAAUUGACUCAUGAGAGAAACCACACUGCAGCAUUGGCACAAGAUCUUGCAGCCAAAGAACAAGAGUUGUCCCAUACAAAACAAAAUUGUGACCGAACAGCAACCGAACUACAAGAUGCUCGCCAGAGGCUGGAGGUGUCCCUCACUGACACAGAACGUCUUUACGAUGAGGUCAUGGCAAAGACGGCUCAAGUGAAGCAGUACAAGAAACAGACGGACAGUUUCAAAGCCAAAGUGGAAGAGGCCAAUACUAAACUACUGAAGACACAACAGGAGCUGCAGCGUUGUCAAGAGCUCAUUAAAACCAUGGAAGAGGACAAUCAGUAUCAGAUUAAGCAAAUCAAAGCGACAGCAGAGAAUGCGAAGCUUACCUCUGAAUUAGAUUUAAUCCAAACACGUAAGGAGUACAUGAUGAUGGUGGAAGAUAAAACACGGGAGCUGCAGACUUUGCAACUUGAUUGGGAGCAGUACAAGUACAAAGCUAAACAACUGAGCUCUGAUGAACUGGUUCCCUAUUGUCUUCCUCAUCUCCCUGCGCUUGGAGAGCAACAAGGCUCUGGAUCGUACGGAUCUGUCUACCGUAUCCAACUGAAUGGGGUUAGCUGUAUUGCCAAACGACUUCACGACAUUUUGCUUGGUCAGGGGAAAGAAGAAAAAGUGAGUUUAGAAGACCAACAAGCUGCUUAUGACAAGUUUUAUCACGAAUGUGUGUUGCUGAGUCGAAUGCGCCACCCUAACAUUGUCCAGUUCAUGGGUGUGUACUACGGGCCACAGAGAGAUUACGGGAGAGAGCUCACACUAGUUAUGGAACGUUUGUACAUGAAUCUCGAGGAUUGCCUGGAGAAAUAUAAAAAUCUUGAUAUGUGGUUGAAAAUUUCGAUUCUUCUAGAUAUUUCCCAAGGCUUGCUCCACCUUCAUUCUCAAGAUAUUGUUCACCGCGAUCUGACAGCUGCUAAUAUUCUCCUCACAACGAGCUUUCACGCUAAGAUUGCUGACCUUGGUGUCUCAAGAAUCAUUGAUGUCCACCCUUUGGCUGCUUCCAAACAGUCGAUGAUUCCCGGAACCCUCGGGUACAUGCCCCCUGAGGCACUAGCGGAAAUCCCCAAAUAUGGCUAUGCUUUGGACGUUUUUUCGUUUGGUGUGAUAAUUCUGUUUGCCCUUCUACAAGAGUAUCCACAAUACUACGAGAAUGUUGUGACAGUCACUGGCGUUCAGCGAAAGGAAAUUCAGAUACAAAAGCGAAUGAAAUGGAUCGCCAAACUGUCACCGGAAGGUCUGAUGAGACAAUUAAUCUGCGAUUGUCUACAAGAUGAGCCCCAAAGGCGACCAACAACUCAAGAUGUCAACCUGACUCUGAUUCGUUUUGCACGACAUUUUCCAAAACCUUUUGUGGAUACUAUUGAAAUGCAAAGAAAAUUGAAACCCACGACUCUACCUAUACCUCCAAGGCGAAUCAGUCAGGGACAAACCUCGGUCUAGCAAUUAUUACAUCGUAUAAUUAUACUACGACUGACAUUUUAUAGCUGCACAUAAUAAUAUUUAGUUACUUUUUCCGCAUAUUCAAUGUAGAUUGAUCCUGCAGGACACUCUAUUGCGUGAUUUUGCUAUACCGUAUAUCUUCUAAUUUAUCGGACAGUAAAAAAUAAUUAUUUUGGAAAUUGUCCGGGUAUAAUUGGAACAGAUUUUUAUAGAGCAUGCGAAGUGUCCGGAAUAAUUAGAACAAGCAAGCAGCUGCAUGCGAGCUAGCUAAGUUUAAUAGAACAGGGUACGACUGAAUAGAUGCACUAACUAUCUAAAACUAGCUACUCAAAGCUAUCUAACUGCAGCACUCCAAGUCUUACUUGCCGUCUGUGAAUGUAAACUCUACUUUUCAAAGUAUUGUCCAGAUAUUUAGAACAAAUGUAAUAUUAAAGCACUGGAGUGUCCGUUGUAUUAGAACAACAAAUAUUGCCCAAAAGAGUGUCCGGGGUAAUUAGAAGUGUCCGAUAAAUUAGAAGAUAUACGGUAAUUAUAG